AUGAACUGUCAUAAGGUUUUCCUUCUGCUAGCCAUGCUGAUGAUGGCUUCAGCCGGUACGCUUUCUGCGACACUAGAUGAAGAAGAAUCAUCAUUCUUCAACGAGGAUAACAACGUCCAAAACCAAGAAAAAACUUCUCUCAGGGGAACAAGCAGCGUCUUCUUUGCUUCUCGGUCAGUGACAGCGUCAACAUGUGACAAAAACCCUAAGGUUUGUGGCGCGGCUGCCGCGGACGGCUCGGAGUGCUGCAGUAAGAAGUGCGUGGAUUUGAAGACGGACAGACUCAAUUGCGGGAAAUGUGGGGUGAAAUGCAAGCAGUCAGAGAUAUGCUGCAAUGGUCAUAUUGUAACUCCAAUGUCUGACAAGAAAAACUGUGGGAGAUGCAACAAUGCUUGCAAGGGACGCAACUCAUGCGCUUUUGGGAUGUGCAGCUAUGCAUAG